AAAAUAGUUUGACAAUUUUCUUUAACGUUGACAUUUGUUAAAGUAAAGUGAAAAUGAAAAAACAACCCACUCAUUUCUGCGAAUUAAACAAUUUUGUGGUAAUAGAUUACAACCCGACUUUACCUCCGAAAACAUCGAAAUUAAAAAGGUUCGGAAGAUGGCUGGCAAAGAAAAACACGUUGAACAUGAAAAAUGAAAAUUGUAAAGAAUAUUUCCAAACGAGGCAAGAAAUGUACAACGAACAGGAAAGGCACAUGAACAACUACGUCUACGUGAUUCAUCCGUUCAGCACCGUGAACACGAUCAGGAUAUUUUUUAAUUUUUUUGUGUUUUCUUCUGCAAUGUUUCUUUUGCCUUUUCAUUUUUCCUUUGAUCAUAGAUUUAAUGAAGACUCUAAUUACGUGCAAGAUUAUCUUAUAUUGCCAUUAAGAGUUGGCAUUACCAUAGUGAUUAUAACAAACUUUUUUACUGGAUAUUUGGAUAAAAAAGUACGAAAAGUAAUUUUAAGACCUGGAGAUAUCGCCAGGCACUAUAUUUCGACGUACUUUUUCUUCGAUAUUUGCCAAGCUUUACCACUAAAAUACCUAUUGUUCUUGGUACACCUAGAUCCACGUACAAAAUUCCCUAUUUUAUUAACUGGUUUCUUAACCUACGUAAGAGUUAAAACGCUGUACGAAAUUCUCAAUGAAAUAUUACUCAACAUACUUAAACUAUCCGAAACCAUAACGACUUGUAUUAUAUUCAUCGUGGUAACACACGGGUUCCUACAUCUGUUCGCAUGCAUUUCAUACUUGCUUCCGUCUAUAGUUUACGUGUUUAACAAAACAAUGCCUCCCUCGUGGCUCGUAGACGCCAAAAUUGACCCCAGCAUCAAACCGGGCCCUCCUUUAAUACGUAAAUACUUGCACUGCUUGACCUGCGUAACAUGCCACUUUUUUGGUGCUAAUACUAGCAUGUACUCCGUCAAGAAAUUCCCAUUAGAAGAAAUCAUUGUGUCCUUAAUUAUGAUAUUUGGGAGACUGUACACGUUGUACAUAAUAGCAAACAUGCUUGUACUAUUUGGGAUCGUGAGCAUAUCCGAGAGUAAAUACGAGGAAAUAAGGCACCAGAUCGUCAAUUAUGCCAUUGCAAAUAAAUUUUCGACAACGUUGAAGAGCAGGAUUUUGCAAUAUUUUCACCACAAAUUCCUGAAGAGGUUUUUCAACGAGUCGAAAAUAAUGCAAGAAAUGUCCAAUACGUUACAAAUAGAAGUGAAAAUGCACAACUGCAGAAACUUGAUCAUAAAAUCGGAUUGGUUUACAAUAUUAAGCAAGCAAGGUAUAGAAGACAUAACGAUGUUUUUGGAGCAAGAAGUUUUCCUGGUGCACGAUGUCAUAGUCAAGCUACAAGAUGAUAUCGACUACAUAUACUUUAUACAUUCUGGAACAGCUGCGAUGUACAACAAAUUUGGCGUAGAAAUAAACCAUCUUAUAGAUGGUAGAGUUGUGGGUAUGACCAGUUUACUAUGGGACGUCGAAGAGCGUUACAACGGGUCAGCCGUGGCCCUAGAAAUUACGGACACCUUCAAAAUCCACAAAGACAACUUGAUCAAGAUUUUUAAGAGCUAUCCUGUGUUUUUAAGGCACUACGAAAACUUGACAAGGCAAGAGUUGCUGACAUGGUUUCCUAAUCUCGACAGAACGUUUCAUGACACCGAUUUGACCAACAACUUGGAAUCAGGAAGGCUUCUCCAGAAGCCCAACAGGAGACCUAAAUAUUAUUCAAAGUUGUAAAUAACAAUAAAUGAAUGUGUUUUGUUU